GGUGUUGUGUCUGAGUGGAAUGAGGAGAGGAUAAGAGAAGAGAAAGGGAGAAGAGAAAGAGGGAGAGAGGGAAGAGAAGGAGAGGAGAAAGAGAGAGAGAGCGAAGAGAAGGAGAAGAAAAAGAGGGAGUGAGGGAGAAGAGAAAGAGGGAGAGAUGGAGAGAGGGAGAGAGGGAGAGAGGGAGAGAAGGAGAGAGGGUGAGAAGGAGAGAGGGAAGAGAAGAAGAGAAAGAGGGAGAGAGGGAGAAGAGAAAGCCGGGAGAGAGGGACGAAUAUGGAGGAUGUCUAAGGCCUGGGGUGUAUGCCUCAGGAAUGUAUUUGGCAGUGGGUAAAUACUGCAGGUAGCCUGAACACACACACACACACACACGCUCACGCCCAUUCAGUGCCACAUGCUCAUCUGUGCAGACAGUGAACCACUACUACUGUCUACUGCUACUGUACAUGGAACCACAGCUCAGGAAUACUAACAACCACAAACCUGAACCCAUAAAGAAGAUGUGUGUCUGCAACUUACAACAACAAAUGGCAGGAGGGCAAACUCAUACCUCAAUACCUCAGCUGUAUUAAGGUUUUCUUACAGUAUCACCAUGGCUGUACAAGUGUCGGUGCUCUCCCUAGUCCUCACUCUAGCCCUGGGCCUGAUGCUGAGUGCCUGCAGGCCUGUGUGUGGUACCCCAGGGACAACCCAGGACCUGGACUAUGGAGGGGUUCCUCUCUGGAUCAACCGUCUUCUGGGGGAACCCUCUGUAUUCAGCCUGAGGGGCCGAAUGGACCGGGCAUGGUACAGAGCCAACAACCCCCAGUCCUGCCCUGACCUGUGUGACUGUCCUAUCCAGUGGCCCUCAGCUCUGUACUGUGACCACAGAGACCUGGGAGAGCUGCCGGACAGCAUGCUUUACAAUACACAAUACCUGUUCCUGCAGGGCAACAACAUCUCGUCCCUGCCCUCCUCCUCUUUCACCAACUCCUCAGGACUCCGCUGGCUCAUCCUGGAUGAUAACCGUCUGCAGACAGACGGGUUGCAGACCUCCACGCUGCAGAACCUGACCCAGCUCCAAUACCUGUUCCUCAACCACAAUAAGCUGACUGUCGUGCCCUCUGGCCUGCCCAGGAGCCUGCGGCAGCUCCGACUGGCACACAACCUCAUCACCAGCAUCUCCCCGCGAACCUUCGGGAACUUACAUAAUCUUACAUUGCUGCUACUGCAGGGGAAUAGGUUGAACGUGAUUACAGAGACUGACUUCACAGGCCUGGUGUCUCUUAACCUGUUGAGCCUGAGCGGGAACCUCUUCUCCUCCUUCCCCUCCCACCUUCCUCCCUCCAUCCAGCAGCUCUACCUCUCCAACAACUCUCUGUCUGGCCUGGGGGAGGAAAGUCUACAGGGCUUCACUAAUCUCAGGUACCUGCGUCUGAGCCGCUGUGGUUUAGUGAGCCCUUCCCUCCACCCCCAAUCCUUCAACCUGUCUUCCCUUGUGGAGCUGGAUCUCUCUUACAACAAGCUGACAACCAUCCCCCUGGUUCCCCUCACACUACAGUACCUGUACUUGGAGGCCAACCACAUACAAGAGUUUAACAUCUCUAGUUUCUGUCGGGAGGUGGGUCCUCUGUCGUACUCCAGGAUGAGGAUCCUUCGUCUGGACGGGAACAAGAUGUCCUAUCAUCUACUACCACCUGAAUGGGUCUACUGCCUCCGAGUCCUGCACCACAUAUACAUCUAACCCUGACCUCGUACCUCUAACCCCCUGACCUUGCCACAACCCUGCUUUGAAGCUUACCUGGAAAGAUUCUGUCAAGGUCCGAACAUUCAGAAAUUAACACACACACAUGCACACAAGUAUGUCAUUCAAACGCACAUCCUUCAAACACACAUCACUCAUGCCCACUCGGACGCACGUUUGGACACACACAAACGCAAGCAAACGCUUACAUGCUCUCAGAACAGAUAUUCAAUACUCAAUACAUUUAUUUUUUUGGUUAUUUUUUUUAUCCUCCAGGAGUAGAGCUGAGGCUCAUUUAAUGUUGUUUUGCUAGUCUCACUGUAACCACUUCAUCCUGUAACACAGUCUGAUCAGUGUAUGAAGCACGUAGUCAUUCAAAUCAUCCACAAACAUCACCCACCAAGGCGUGUUAAUACAUCACAGUACUGUAGAGUCAACUUGGAGUUGAACUGAUCCAACACACACACAUAUUAAUGUGCACAUUGUAUGCGUUUUGUUACUGUAAAGUUUUACAAUAUCGUCAAUGUUUUGCUAAAAGGUCAAAUGAUGUGCUUUAUCGGAUGUAUGACUGUAACGCAUUCUUUUUGCAUAUGAACAGAACAAUAAAAGUUACACCAUUA